AUGCUGCCAACAGACGAGGCAAUAACGUUGGAGGGAUUUAGGCUAAUUCUCGGCCGUCAAUUGCCUGACGGGAAGGCACUCAAGAUCGCCUUGACCGCGUUCUACGGGAUUGGACGUCACACAGCUGAGCGUGUCAUGGCCCGAUACUCUAUACACAACACAAUUAAAGUUGGCGAAUUGACCCAGGCUCAGAUAACUUGCCUUACAUCUUUCCUAUCCUCACCUGCGACGUCACCUCGGCCAAUACUGCCUGGGAAGACGAACCUGGAGCACAUUCGGCCAAAUGAUCCCCUCGCUGACCUGAAAAUCGAAACCGAACUCCGAAAAGCGAUGCUUGAUAACAUUGCGCAUCAUAGAGCUGUUGGAUCAUAUGUUGGGAGAAGACAUGCCAUGGCUUUACCUGUGAGGGGUCAGCAUACCCGAAAUAACGCGCAAACUGCGAAAAAGCUCAAUCGUAUCGAGAGAAAGCGGUAG